UUCUUAUCUAGAAAAUGUAUAAAUGAAUUCGAAAAGGCUAGAUUAUACCAAGCUGGUAGUACUAAUUUGGAAGUAAUCAAGUAUUAUGAAAUCUUGUUGGAAGUAACUGACUUUGGAGACAGUUACACAACACAGCCCAUAUCUAACCAACUACAGGAGUUUCUGUCUGAAAAUAAGAACACA